GAACAAAUAGUUGCUCUAGUGAUGCAUCUCCCGAUGAAGGAGUAGUGGAAGAUCUGCCUUUAAUAGAUGAGAGAGCUGUGGAGCAGCUAACUGAAGGAUUGAUCUCUUAUUAUCUGCCUGAUCUUCAGCGGUCAAAAUCAGCACUACAGGAACUUACACAGAACCAAGUGGUAUUACUAGAAACAUUAGAACAAGAAAUUUCUAAAUUCAAAGAAUGUAACUCCAUUCUUGAUAUCAAUGCUUUGUUUUCAGAAGCUAAACACUAUCACAACAAGUUAGUGAAUAUUAGAAAUGAAAUGAUGAUGCUCCAUGAGAAGACAUCAAAGUUAAAAAAAAGAGCACUUAAGCUGCAACAAAAGAGGCAGAAGGAGGAACUAGAACGAGAACAGCAGCGUGAGAAGGAACUUGAAAGAGAGAAGCAGUUAACUGCAAAACCUGCUAGGAGGACAUGAAAGCAGAGCAUGCAGCAACUUGUCCGAAGUAAUCCUUUCUGCAUUCCCUGGUACUAAGGCAGACUUUGUUUAAACUGGGCUAUAGCUGUUGCUAGCAACAGUCUACUCUAUGAUAUUACAAAUUCCAGAAUGGUAAUAAUAGGGUUGGUAACAUUGGAUUUUUUUCAUUUCAGCCAUUCAAGUUGCCUUCUUUUGUAAUGCUAUGCAGUUUGAUAUUAUUAUAACGUAAGUUAAUUUUUAUUGUUUUUUUAAUAUAUAUGUAUACAGGAGAACUUAGGCAUCACAAUUUUAAAUACCUAUCUGUUUUUUUUCUUCUGAUCUUCUGGUAUUUAGAAUUCUGAGAGGUAUUUGGUGACUGGCAUACGUGUUUUUCAGACAAAAUACAGAACACUAGUUAAAGUUCUGUUCUCAUCCCUGCACUUUGGUGGCUGCCUGUU